ACAUAAGCUACAGGUUUAUACUUUUGCAAAUAAAAUUUCUUUGCUGCAGUGUAACCGAUAAUUUGCACGUACCUCUGAAGAUGGACUUCGACGAAACUAAAGACAAAGAUUCAUUUAAAUCUAAUUUUCAAUAUGCUCGUUGGUUAUCAUCUCCACCACCUGGCGAUGAAGUGGUUAUAUCCGGUAUGUCUGGUCAUUUUCCAGAAGCGGAAAAUAUUUUUGAAUUUCGGGAUAACAUACUCAACAAAAAGGAUAUGAUUACUGUGAACGACAAAAGAUGGGUAGCAGAUCACCACGAUUUACCAAAAAGAAAUGGUCCUAUUGAUAAUAUCGACAAACUCGAUGCUGGAUAUUUUGGACUUCAUCAUCGUCAAGUUAAUUUUAUGGACCCUGCUUUGAGAGUUGUUAUGGAAACGGUUAUAGAAGCUGUUAUGGAUGCUGGAAUAAAUCCGUCAGAGCUCAAAGGAAGUAAAACUGGGGUAUUUUUGGGUCUUUGUUGGUCAGAUGUGGAAAAUCCCACGUUUAUGCAACAAACGGAGCCGCAGAAGUUUGGAAUAACAGGUUUCCUUAAAUCGAUGUACGCUCAUCGUCUCAGUUACUUUCUGAAAGUUAAAGGACAGUCCUUUGUAUCUGACUCAGCUUGUAGUAGUUCUGGGAACGCCCUCAAUGCUGCAUUUAGAUCUAUCAGAAGUGGUCAAUGCGAAAAUGCGAUUGUGGCUGCUUGUACUUUAACUUUACAUCCUGCAGUUACGAUUCAAUUUUUUCGUCUGGGAGUUUUAUGUCGUGACGGGGUUUCCAAAGUAUUCGAUGAGGACGCAAACGGUUACGUUAGAAGUGAGGCUUGUACAUGUAUUUUGCUCCAGAAGUCUAAAAAUGCAAAACGCAUUUACGCACAAAUUAUUAAUACGAAGGUGAACUCCGACGGUUUUAAAAAGGAAGGCAUAACAUAUCCUUCUUCGCAAAUGCAGGAAGAGCUUAUGACUGAAAUAUACAAGGAAAGUAGUAUUGACUUCUCAAAACUCAGCUACGUCGAAGCACAUGGUACUGGUACUCAAGUUGGUGAUCCUGCAGAAGCUAAUGCUAUUGACAGGGCUCUAGCGAAAAAAUGUGGAAAACAACUUCUCGUCGGUUCAGUAAAAUCGAAUAUUGGUCAUACAGAACCCGUUUCAGGUCUCUGUUCAAUUGUCAAAGUACUGAUUGCUAUGGAAACCGGAUUUAUACCACCCAAUAUCAAUUUGAAAAGAGUUAGAAAAGGAUUGGAAGGGACUGAACAAAACCGAAUGAAAAUUGUGACAGAAACUACUGAGCUUCCAGGACAAUAUGCCAUUGUAGGUGUUAACAACUUUGGUUUCGGAGGCAACAACUGUCACAUUAUAUUACAAAGGUUUAAAAAAGACAAAAUUAAUGGUGGACUGCCAAAAGACGAUGUUCCUAGAUUAAUUUGUGUCAGUGGUCGUACUAAUGAAGCAGUUUUGAACAUUUUAAACGACUUUAGUAAUAAAGCUUUGGAUGAAGAAUAUAUUGGUCUCCUUCAUCAGUUACAUAAAAUGAAUAUUCAAAAUCAUUUAUACAGAGGAUAUGCAAUAGUUUCCAAACAAGGUGUUCUGUCGAUGUCAUCAAAACGUUUGCCUCCUAAACAACCACGUUUGCAUAUAUUUUUUGGACAGUUCGUCAAAAAUUUUAAAUUACUAGCUUCUUAUUUAUUGCAAUUUUCAGCUUCCAGAGACAUUAUAGCAAGAAUUAAUAGUAUCUUGGAGGCCAAUAAAGUAAAAACUUUUGAAGAAAUUUCAACAUCGAGAACAAAAAUAGAUGAAGAUAUAUUAGGAUCAGUGUGUUUGCAAUUAGUCGUUGUAGAUAUUUUCAAAAAGUUAGAACUGUUUCCUGUUAGUGUUUUCGGUGAUGACCAUGGCAAGAUUAUUUGUGAUUAUUACUAUAAUAUAAUCCAAUUGGAAGAGGCUGUAUUAGAAGCUAUAAAACUUUGUAACUUGAAAGUUGACUCAAGAAAUUUCGUGUUUGAAAAUUCUAAUAAGCCACCCAAAGGCACGAUAACAUUAAAUCUUUCCGAUGUGUCGAUCACAGAUAAAGAUUAUUUACUGGCAGAAAAUGGUACUGUGAAUUUUUUGGAUUUGCUUGGAAGGUUAUAUAUUGAAGGAUACCUUCCCCAAGUUCACAAGAUUUACCCUGAAGUCGAAUUUCCUGUAAGUAGAGGCACCUCGAGUAUUUCUCCUUUUAUUCAGUGGGAUCACAAAACGUCGUGGCUGGGAUAUAAGUUUAAAGGAUUUAUUUCAUUUACGGAAAAGGAACAGGUGGAAUAUAACAUUUCGUAUUUAUAUGAAGAACAUCAGUUUAUUAAAGGUCACGUUAUCGACGGACGCAACCUUUUCCCAGCUACCGAAUAUUUAAAAUUGGCCUGGCAAACAUUUGCCGACACUAAGCAUCUUGAGCUUGAUACCACUCCUGUAAUUUUCGAAAAUUGUAAGUUUAUAAGAGCUGUUACAAUGCCUAACAGUGGUUAUGUAAAACUUCUCGUAACGCUGCAAAGAGGGACAGGUUGUUUUGAAAUUCUUGAAAAAAAUUCUUUAGUAGUUCGUGGACGAAUAACCAUUUGUUCCAAUUCAGUUGGGCAACAAGUUAAUCUUCCACCUAACAAUGUUUUCCAUGGUGAUAAAUUAAAUAUCUUGCGUCAAGAUGAAAUUUACCGAGAAUUUUAUCUAAGGGGAUACAAUUACAGUGGAUUGUUCAGAGGUAUAAAAACAUAUAAUGUAGAUGCGUCUUUGGGUUUAAUCAAGUGGGACGAUAACUGGGCUACGUUCAUGGACAAUAUGCUUCAACUUCAACUACUUCAAACUGAUACAAGACUGCUGUUCGUUCCUGUUGGAAUUAAGAAAAUAAUCAUUGAUCCCAUCAAACAUAAACAAAUCGUCGAAAGCCAGAAUGGAGAAGAAUGUUUACUACCUGCACAUACGAACAAGAAUUGUAACAUGAUAAAAUGUGGUGGAAUCGAAAUACAUGGGCUUCAGGUUAGAUCUAUUUUUAAAAAAAAGGCAAGAUUGGAACCAAUUUUAGAAAAACACGUUUUCGUUCCAAAUAGUACGACUUUAGAUUUAGAAGAAGUUGUGAGGGUCAAUACACAGAUUAUCUUGGAAAAUACUUUAGAGCAUCACUUCAAAGCUGUGGAAAUUGUAAACGAAUUCACUGAUAUAAGUUCCACACAUAUAAUGGGUUUCGUCAACAAAGCUCUAGAAGAUAUGCCAUUAGUUGCACCCGAUCUUACCAUUUCGUCAAAAACAACCUUAAAUGAAACACCUGGUAUAAAGUGCGAAACAGUUACUUUAACGCCAGAAAGUAAUAUACUUUUGUACAUUGGUAGUAAAAUUUUAGAACAAUCAAACAGUUUAAAACAGUUUUUCGUGCCUCUUAGAAAAAAAGGGUUUAUCUUAACACGGGAGGAAAUCAAUUUUAGACUAGAAAAAAUUACUAAUGAUGUAGACAUUCUCACUGACUAUAUGACAGCAAAUGAAAGAAUUAUUUUAUUGCGGAAAAAAGUGGACUCUGUUGAGCCCAAACUGGUUGAAGUGUCUUCGAGUAAUUUCGAGUGGUUACCGGAACUACAAAACGCGUUGAAUCUUGGAAAAAAUGUCAUAGCUUAUGCAACAAAUCAAAAACCCGAAGGAAUAUUGGGUUUAAUAAACUGUAUCAGAAGAGAAAGAAAUGGAAGUUUAGUUAAGUGUUUCUUUAUCAUGGACGAUGCUCCAAAAUUCGAUCCUCAACACUCGUUUUAUAGUAAACAGAUCAGUAAAAACAUGGAUGUGAACAUUUACAAGAACGGAUCCUGGGGAACGUACAGACAUUUGCGUUUGGAAGAAAGGCCUAAGGUCAACAGCGAGCAUUCUUAUGCGUAUUUCAAAAAUAGAGGAGAUAUAUCCAGUUUGGAGUGGUUAGAAGGACCUUUAAAUGCAAAAGUGCCCUUAGAAGAAGGGCGGUUCUUGGGUCUAACUUACUAUUCUUCAGUUAAUUUUAAAGAUAUUAUGGCUGCCUCUGCUCGUGUGAACCCAGAAAUAUUAGAACCACGCCGUCUUGCCCAAGAAUUUCUAACAGGGUUUGAAUUUUCAGGAAAAGAUUUAAGUGGUCGUCGGAUAGCUGGAAUUACUGACUGUCAUGGAAUUUCCUCCCACGUUAUUGUUGAUCCUUCUUUGGUUUGGCAAGUACCCGACUCAUGGACUCUCGAAGAUGCAGCCACAGUUCCUGUUGUAUAUUCUACUGUUAUUUAUGCUCUUUUGAUGGUUGGGAAUAUGCAACCGGGUUGUUCAAUUCUUAUUCACUCUGCGACUGGUGGUAUUGGAUUGGCCGCUUUGAACGUUUGCCUUCACUAUAAAUGCGAAAUUUACGUAACUGUUGGAACUCAAGAAAAAAGAGGCUACUUAAAGAAGUAUUACCCUCAAAUUCCAGACAGCCACAUAGGUAACUCACGGGAUACAUCAUUUGAACAAAUGAUCAAAAGGGAAACUAAGAGUAGAGGAGUUCACAUUGUUUUGAACUCGUUAAGUGAGGAUAAGCUACAAGCUUCGGUUAAAUGUCUAGCACGAAAUGGACAAUUUAUGGAAAUCGGCAAAUAUGAUCUGGCUAAUGACAGUUCUUUAAAUCUUUUAUUUAUGAAAAAUAAAGCCAUUUAUCAUGGAAUAGUAUUAGAUGGGGUUUUUAGAAGUUCAUUUAAAGAACUGAAGUCUAAGUUGAUAAACCAUUUGUUGGAAGGAAUUAAGGCAGGUUUUGUAAAACCGCUUCCUAGAAUUUUGUUUAAUGCUGCCCAAGUAGAGGAAUCUUACAGAUAUAUGAUGACAGGUAAACAUAUCGGUAGAAUUUUAAUCAAGCUUCGGAAUGAAGAUGAAAGUAACAAUGGUGUGACUAGGAUUGAUAAAUUACAAAUUUGUUCGCAUCCACGAUUCAGUUGUGACGUACGUUACACAUAUGUCAUUAUUGGUGGACUAGGCGGAAUUGGGUUAGAACUAAGUGAUUGGUUAGUUUUAAGAGGUGCCAGGAAGCUAGUGCUGACUUCAAGAUCGGGACUUCAAAAUGCUUACCAUCAGCAAAGAAUAGACAUAUGGAAAUCUUACGGUGUCCAAGUUAAAGUGUGUGCCAAUGACGUAAGCACGGAACAAAAAUGUGAAAAUCUAAUAAAAGAGGCGAACGAAUUGGGACAAAUCGAUGCCAUUUUUAAUUUGGCUGUUGUUCUUCAAGACGCACUAUUCGAAGAUCAGACUAAAGAAAAAUUCCUUGCUUCGUUGACACCAAAAGCUUACGCCACGGCAUAUUUGGACAAAGUUAGCAGGAAAUUAUGUCCAAAAUUAAGAUAUUUUGUUGUGUUUUCUUCAGUUUCUUGUGGUCUCGGUAAUGCGGGUCAGAGCAACUAUGGUAUGGCAAACUCUGUGAUGGAAAGAAUAUGUGAGGAUCGAAAGCGAGAAGGAUUGCCUGCUGUAGCUAUCCAAUGGGGGGCAGUUGGUGAUGUUGGUUUGGUAGCGAAAAUGCAAAAGGAGAAUAGAGAGUUAGUGAUUGGUGGCACUCUGCAACAAAGAAUUUCAAGCUGCCUUGAAGUAUUAGAUGUGCUACUGAGACAUGAUUAUCCAGUUGUUUCUAGUAUGAUAGUUGCCGAAAAACACCACAAAGGUGACAUUCUCAGUGCAGUAGAAGCGGUUGCUCACGUUAUAGGAAUAAAAGACAUCAGAACUGUAAGUCAGUAUACGACUUUUGCAGAACUUGGUAUGGAUUCGAUGGUGGGUACAGAAAUUAUUCAACUGUUGGAAAAGGAUUUUGAAAUCUACGUAACUUCCAAAGACGUGCGGAGUUUAACAUUUGCAAAAUUGAGUGAAAUGGAGGAAGAAAAUGUGAAUAGAAAUGAAGAUUGUAAAAAAGCAGAGCAAGGCACCAAUUUGCUCAUUCAGUAUAUUCCUGAUACCGAAACUAGUCACUUACCUGUGGUUCACUUAACAACCAAAGUAGAGUCCAGUGAAGAAGCUCCAAUAGUGUUUAUUUUACCAGGCGUCGAGGGAAAUUUGAAACCGUUCGAAAUUCUGACUAGUUCAUUGAAAGCUCAUGUCAUAGGAAUACAAUACAACUAUAAACACCCUGAAAAUAGUAUUCAAGAAAUAACAGAAAAUACGAUUUCGCACAUUGAAUGUCACUUAACUAGAAAUGUUCCAUUUUUCUUCAUUGGAUAUUCAUUUGGGGCUAUUGUUGGCAUAGAACUUAUGAGUUUAUUGGAAACCCGAGGUUAUACUGGCACAGUUAUUCUGAUAGAUGGUUCCCCAACAUACUCAAGUUCUGCUGUAAAAAGAAAUUUUGAGUGUGAAAAUGAUGUCAAAUUUCAAAUGGCAGUUUUGAAUAAAGUUUUGAGUUUCGUAAUUCCGUUCGAUGUACUUUCAGAAUAUCAGGAAGCAUUGUUAAAGGCCAAAGAUUUAGAACAACGAAUUGAUGUAGCUCUAGCUUUGAUACCUCCAGAAACCAUUAACAAAGAGAAACUGGAAAAACAGGCACCUCUUACCCUGUAUAAACGGUUGCAAGCAAUGAUGAAUUACAUAUUCAGAAAUAAGAAAAUCAAAUCAUUAGUACACUUAUUCAAAGCGAAAUAUCCCUUGGUUGACGACGACGAUGACUAUCAGUUGUCAAAAGUGUGUGAGAAUUUAACACAGGUGGUUACCAUAAAUGGCGAUCAUGUAACGAUUUUAAACAAUCCAGAGCUCGUUAAUGGUGUCAGUAACAUUGUAACUUUAUAGCAGUAGUCUUACUCCAUUUUAGAUAUAUAACUAACUCAGAAAAUUAAACGUAGUGACAUCAUUUAUUGUUUAUCUUAAGUCUUCUGCUUAAAAGUGCAGUUGUUACGUUUGUAGUAAAUAAUCUAUAUAAAAAU